GCACCUGCAUUAAACAUGCAGAGAGUUACACAAGGAACGGCAGUCCCUCCUCCACCCCCUCCUCCCCCCACACCAGCCCUCAACAUGUGGCAGACAGAGGAGCCUGGAUCCAGACUGGCCUACAGGCCAACAUGGCGAAGGGGAAGAAUGGCCAACAACGUUUCCUGCUCUGCGGCUGAGGUCCAGAUCCUUAGCCUGCUGGAAACAAUUAAACACACCCAAGACCAACUGGUGGCGAAGGUCAACUUCUUAACCAGCGGGUUGAGCAGUACAGAAGUUGAAAUGCCGGCCAAUAUCCAGUUUCCACUGGAACAGUUGGAGGCAGUGGAGGCAUUUUUGAAUGAACCAUCAAAUAGCUCAGUUCGACAAAGAGUGAUUUCUUCUUUGGCCGCCAUCGGAGGCCAGGAUGUGAAGCGGGUGACCUGGAACAUCCUGGGCAGGAUCUUCACAGAUGAGGUUUCACAUCAGAUCAAUUGGAAGGGUGUCAUCAACAAAAAGUCCUUAAGCAGGAUGGCAACAAAGAUGUUGCCUUUCAACCUCGAAGAAGAACAUCUGCCUUGUGAUCAGGAGGCGGAACCACAUUCCUCCAACAUACACGAGGAAGAAGAGGUACCACAUUCCCAACACAUCAAAGGGGGAGGACAGGAGCCAAAGCCCCCACGCAUUAAAGAAGAAGACAAGACACCACAGACCCGUAGUGUUAAACUGAUCCUGUACAUUAAAGGUCAAGCGGAGGACCCACUGAUCUUACACAUCAAAAAUGAAGAGGAGGACCCACUGACCCCUCACUUCAAGGAGCAAGAGAACCCGCUGACCCCUCACAUUAAAGAGGAAGAGGAGGAAGAAGGGAUCAGUCAGCCUAAAUGGUUGGAGGAGUUCCCAGUGAGUGUGAAGAGUGAAGAUGAUGAAAGUGAGGAGAGGGGAGGGGGGGAGCCUCCAAGCAGCAGCUCAACACAACACAUGACAACAGAAGCUGAUGGAGACCACUGUGGAGGAUCACAAGCAGACAAGCUCUUAGCUCCACUAUCAGAUAGUGAGGACACAACCUCACACUCUCCUCACACUGAUGAUGAUGCAACAUUAUCAGAUAGUGAGGACACAACCUCACACUCUCCUGACACUGAUGAUGAUGAUGCAACAUUAUCAGAUAGUGAGGACACAACCUCACACUCUCCUGACACUGAUGAUGAUGCAACAUGUCACACUGACAACACUUACUUCACAUGUUCUACCUGUCACAAAUCCUUUAAAUACCGUAGUUCUCUGAAAGGACACAAGAGAAUACACACCAGACCCAAACCUUUUAUCUGUUCAAUCUGUAGUAGAGGUUUUGCGGAAUGUCGAUAUUUGAAAGAACAUAUGAGAACACACACUGGUGAUAAACCCAUUUUGUGUUCAAUCUGUCGCUUAUCUUUCACAAGGAAGGCACAUUUGAAAGAACACAUGACAACACACACUGGUGAAAAACCUUUUUCCUGUUCAAUCUGUCGCUUAUCUUUUGCAAGGAAGGCAUAUUUGAAAGUGCAUAGGAGAAUACACACUGGUGAAAAACCUUUUUCCUGUUCAUUCUGUGGUAAAGGUUUUACACAAAAUUCAGAUAUGAAAAGACACAUGAAAACACACACUGGUGAAAAAUCACAUUCCUGUUCAGUCUGCAACAGAAACUUUUGUCAACGAUCAACCCUUGUAGCACACAUGAGAACACACACUGGUGAAAAACCUUAUUCCUGUUCAACCUGUGGUAAAUGUUUUACACAAAGUCAGAGUUUGAAAAAACACAAGAGAACACACACUGGUGAGAAACCUUUCACAUGUUCAAUCUGCAACAGAAGCUUUGGUGACCGAUCAACCCUUGUAGCACACAUGAGAAGACACCCAGGAGAGAAAGUGUUGAGUUGCAGUGUGUGUGGUGAAAGAUUGUCUUCUAAGUACCAGUGUAAGAAACACAAGUGUGCUGGUGAGAACAGCAGCAGCAAAUGAAACUGCAGGAUUUGAAAUAAACUGUCCAGACUUUCAUUUGGACUUUCUAACAACAUCAGCACAUAUAACAUGUGUGACAUUGUUGUUUGUCUAACACAAUCUUGUCAACAUGCUUCUACAUUUAUACACCAUUUUUUCAGCCCAUUGCAUGCAUUAAUAUGCAACAUUGUAUGCAUAUAUCCAAUUACAACAAAUCAGCUGACCUCAUCAGGAAUAUAAUAAUGGAUAAUAAGGGGUGUGAAUUCAAUUUUCAUCAGGUUGAAGUCAGCGAGGUCGAGAGGUUACUACACUCUCUUCGGGACAACAAAGUAGCUGGUGCAGACAACCUGGAUAGUAAGUUACUGAAAUUGACUGCUGGUGUCAUAUCAGUGCCUGUUUGUCAUAUUUUUAAUAGAUUUUUACAAGUUGCUCUGUGUCCAAACAUAUGGAAGCUGGCAAAGGUUACUCCUCUACAUAAGGAUGCCAACAUGGCUUUCAAUGAGGGCAAUUCUAGACCAAUAAGCAUCCUACCUGCUUUAUGUAAAAUACUGGAGAAAUGUGUGUAUGCCCAAAUUCAGUCAAAUGGGCUCGCUACUGAUUGUCCACAUGCAUAUAGAAGGAGCCACUGCUCUUAUACAGAUGACCAAUGAUUGACCACUCUUUUAAUUGAUCAACUUAAAUGUUAUGGUUUUAAUACUUGGGCUUUAAUGUGGAUACAAAGUUAUUUGUCCUCAAGAUCUCAACAGGUGUAUUUUAAUGGCAGCUUGUCUAAUAGCAGAAGUUUGGAUUGUGGUGUUCCACAGGGAAGUUGCCUGGGACCUUUAUUUUUUUCUAUAUUCACCAAUGAUUUACCUUGGGCUACCAGGCGUGCCAAAUUGGUUCUUUAUGCUGAUGAUGCAACCUUAUAUUAUGCUGCACCCUCAUCCAGUGUACUUAAUGUAGUGUUGAGUAUCAUGCAGUGUACUUAAUGUAGUAUUGAGUAUCAUGCAGUGUACUUAAUGUAGUGUUGAGUAUCAUGCAGUGUACUUAAUGUAGUAUUGAGUAUCAUGCAGUGUACUUAAUGUAGUGUUGAGUAUCAUGCAGUGUACUUAAUGUAGUGAGUAUCAUGCAGUGUACUUAAUGUAGUAUUGAGUAUCAUGCAGUGUACUUAAUGUAGUAUUGAGUAUCAUGCAGUGUACUUAAUGUAGUGUUGAGUAUCAUGCAGUGUACUUAAUGUAGUGUUGAGUAUCAUGCAGUGUACUUAAUGUAGUAUUGAGUAUCAUGCAGUGUACUUAAUGUAGUAUUGAGUGAGUAACUGAAAGCUGUGCAUGACUGGACAGUUUGUAACAGACUUGUCCUUAACAUCUGAAAAACCUAUUGUAUUGUAUUGUAUUGGGGACCAGGCAAGGGUUAUCUUGGGACCCAAAGUUGGAUCUGAGGCUCGGUGUUUCAACAGGUCAGAAGUGCCAAGCUCCUUGGAGUGAUGGUGGACUGCAGUCUGUCCUGGUCAAAUCAUCUCUUUCCUGGCUAACAGUGCAGAACAGUUUGUCAGCUAAUACUCUUAUUUUCUUCAAAUCAGUAACCGGUAGUAAAACUCCUGCUUUUCUCACGGUCCAAAUAGUUGACAGUAGCACUAUGCACAAUCAUAAUAUCAGGGCGUCCAGUGAGGGGCAUUUUGUACUCCCUCGUCCCAGGAAGAAUGCUUUGCGGAAAUCUUUUAUUUAUGGAUCUGUAUCGCUCUGGAAUAACCUGCCUCAAAUUCUCACCGGCACUGAAAGUAAACAGCAUUUUAAAAUGAAAGUAAUAUUUUAUCUGAGUUUUUAAAUUACUUUGCUCGUUGAUGAUUUUUUUAUGUUUGGAUUUUUAUUGUGUAGUUAUAUGUAUAUGGUCAUUAUUAUUCUGUGACUGUAAAUUGUUUGCCUGUUUUCUUAUUGAUGCCUUUUUUUUUUUUUUUUGUCUGUAUUGCGUAGUUACAAUUAUAUGCUUUUACUUGUAAUUGUGUUGAGUUGUGGACCCCAGGAAGACUAGUGGGUUGUUAUGGCAACCAGCUAAUGGGGAUCCUUAAUAAAAAUCAAAUCAUUGUGUACUUUUA